CAAUUGAACCUAUUCUGAACUAUUUAAAACAACACUAACAGCGCACUGGUAGUCGCACGUGUUUAUAUUUUUUUCCGACUUUGUUGUGUCUAUUCGCAUAAAAAUGUCUUUUGGACGUGGUCGUGGUGGUGGUGGAAGAGGUUCUCGAGGUGGUGGUGGAGGUGGCCGCGGCGGUGGUGGAUUCAACAAGUUCGGCGGAGGAGGAUUUAAUAAAGGCGGAGGUCGGGGCACCUUUGAUCAGGGCCCGCCCGAGCGUGUGAUUGCAUUAGGCAACUUUAGCUAUUCAUGCCAGAAUGAUCUAGUUUGUAAAGUAGAUAUAGAUGAUGUACCAUAUUUCAAUGCCCCAAUAUUCCUCGAAAAUAAGGAGCAGAUCGGAAAAAUUGAUGAAAUUUUUGGCACAGUUCGAGACUACUCGGUCUCUAUUAAACUUUCUGAUAAUAUAUUCGCAAAUAGUUUUAAGCCAAACCAACAGUUGUUUAUUGACCCUGGAAAGUUGCUGCCAAUUUCAAGAUUUCUACCAAAGCCACCACAACCAAAAGGUGCUAGAAAGAAGGGCGGCCCUAGUGGAGGAGGAGUAAGGGGGCGUGGAGGUGGAAUGGGAAACCGUGGUGGACGCGGCGGCGGUGGCUUUAGGGGAGGCUCAAGCCGAGGAGGCGGAGGUGGCGGCCGUGGAUUUGGUAGAGGAGGCGGCGGCGGCGGCGGCGGCGGUGGAUUUAAUAGAGGACGUGGUGGCGGAGGAGGAGGAGGAGGGCGCGGCCGUUGGUAAUUCAAAAUGAGAUGUGAAACUAACCAGAUUGUGUGAAUAAAAUACAUGAAAAGUAAACAUAUAAAAAUAAAUUAGUUGUUUGAUAAAUCGUAAA